CUCUUCAGAUUCCGAGGAUGGGGGUCACGGCUCCCCGAAUCCUCCUCCUGCUGCUUUCGGCGGCCCUGACCGAGACCUGGGCAGGUGUGUGCGGAGUCGUAAAGGAAACGGCCUCCCAGGGGACCCCCCCGGCGGGGAUACAGGACCCGGGAAGUCGCCCCAGGAGUGUAUCGCGCCGGGUCUCAGACCCUCCCUCUCCCCCAGGCUCCCACUCCCUGCGGUAUUUCUCCACUGCCGUGUCCCGGCCCGGCCGCGGGGCGCCCCGGUACAUCGCCGUCGGCUACGUGGACGACACGCAGUUCGUGCGGUUCGACAGCGACGCGGAGAAUCCGAGGAUGGAGACGUGGGCGCCGUGGGCGGAGCGGGAGGGGCCGGAGUAUUGGGACGCGGAGACGCGGCGCGUCAGGGGCCACUCACUGGGUGACUCAAUGUGCGUGGACACCCUGCGCGGCCGGUACAACCAGAGCGAAGGCGGGUCUCACACCCUCCAGUUGAUGUAUGGCUGCGACGUGGGGCCGGACGGGCGCUUCCUCCGCGGGUACUAUCAGUUCGCCUACGACGGCGCCGACCACAUCACGCUGAACGAGGACCUGCGCUCCUGGACCGCGGCGGACACGGCGGCUCAGAUUGCCAAGCGCAAUAUGGAAGCGAGCCGUCAGGCCGAGUACUGGAGGGCUUACCUGGAGGGCAGGUGCGUGGAGUCGCUGCGCAGACACCUGGAGUACGGGAAGGACACGCUGCAGCGCGCGGAUUCCCCAAAGACUUGUGUGACCCGUGACCCCACCUCUGACCGUGAGGCCACCCUGAGGUGCUGGGCCCUGGGCUUCUACCCUGCGGAGAUCACACUGACCUGGCAGCGGGAUGGGGAGGACCAGACCCAGGACAUGGAGCUUAUAGAGACCAGGCCUGCAGGGGACAAUAGAACCUUCCAGAAGUGGGCAGCUGUGGUGGUGCCUUCUGGAGAAGAACAGAGAUACACGUGCCAUGUGCAGCAUGAGGGGCUGCAGGAGUCUCUUAUCCUGAGAUGGGAGCCAUCUUCCCAGCCCAGCAUCCUCAUGGUGGGCAUCAUUACUGUCCUGGUUCUCCUUGGAACUGUGCUGACUGGAGCUGUGGUUGCCACAGUGAUGUGGAGGAAGAAGAGCUCAGGUGGAAAAGGAGGGAGCUACACUCAGGCUGCAAGCAGCGACAGUGCCCAGGGAUCCGCUGUGUCUCUCACAGCUUAUAAAGCAUGAGACAGUUGGCUUGAGUGGGACUAAGUGUUCACACCUCCCAUUUGUGACUUCAAGAGCCUCUGACUUCUAUUUCUGCAAAUGCUUCGGAAUGACUCUGCAUCCUUGUUUGCCUGAUGUGAGGAGGUGGGGAGGCCAACAUACUGCCAUGUCCACUGUGACACCUUCUCCCACAUUAACCUGUGUCCCUUCCUGAUUAUCUUUCCUGUUACAGAGUGAUAGGAUUGGGAGGUCUCCAUCCCGGUCUGAACUUCACGGUGUACUGAGCUGCUUCCCUAUCUAAAAUAAGAAUUUGAAUGUAAAUUUGUUUUCUCAAAUUCUUCGCAUGAGAGAGGCAAGAGGGGAAAUGAAAGGGAGACAUAAGAACCUUCCAGAAUCUUGUUUGCUGUGCUAAGUCUUUUGCAGGUGGGGACAGGAGAAAGCUGUGAGGAGCCGAGGGUGGAUUGGGCCUGCGCCCAGUUGGUACUCAGUCCAUCAUGGGCUUUAUGUGGUCACUACUUGUCAGAGUCAUCCUCGCUGCACCAUUGUCCAUUUCCCUUUAGUAGAACCUUGUCCCAGCAGGACCUGUGAUCACAGGGGCUGACACAUAACCCAGGGUGGUUCCUGCACACAAGAGUCUCUGUGAUAUCAAGAGAUAGAAUUUUCACA